CCGGUGAUUUCAGGCAGUCUGCACACCUCUAAGAAUCAGAGUCCAAUCAGUAUAAUUUGUGAUUUAUGAAAUUUGAGUCCAACUUUUUAUUAUUUGUUAAUCAUUCUUAGUCUGGUGAACACCAGAAGAUGUCCUCGGCAGCAAGUGUGUGCGGAGCAAUAUUUUUCGUCGUCUAUUCGAUUAUCGGAAUUGCGGGCAAUUCGAUAACGACCAUAGCGUUGCUGCGUGAUCGAAAAAUACGACAACACUCAACGACGGCUUUCAUUCUUUCGCUGUGCAUAUCGGAUUGGAUCUUUUCUCUAGUUGUCAUGCCUUUGAUGGCUGCUGCAUACAUGAAUGAAGAUCUGAUGUCGAACAAAAUAUUGUGUAAAUUGCACAUAUCAGCACUGAUGACUAAUUUCUCCAUUACCAUGAAUAGCAUAGCAGCAAUAGCCAUAAAUAGGUACAUACUCAUCGUUCAUAAUAGCUUUUAUAAGAACGUCUAUCGCAACUCCAUCGUGUUGCCACAAUUAUUAAUAAUCUGGCUCCUGCCGAGUGUACUGAUAUUAUUUCCCUUAUUUGAUAAAUGGGGAACAUUAGGGAAAAGCCGAGAGUUAUGCAAAGUGAUGGAAAAAGAUGGCAGGUCAUCGGAGGACUUUUUGUAUGUGGUCGGAGGUAUUAUUCCAUGCGUCAUCGUUGGCGUUUUAUACGCUCGCAUUAACUGUAAAGUUCGCCAACAAUCCAAAAAUAUGUCGCAGCAUAAGACACUUGGUCCGUCAUCGAGAAACGAACGUAAUUUGACGAUGAUGACUUUAGCGAUUUAUGUUGCAUGUUUGGUGUGCUGUGUUCCGGUGGUUAUUGAACACUUUUGGUUCAUGUCACUGGACAAUCCUUGGCCGAAUGUGAUUGCAGCAAUAUGUGGCGGUUUAAUAUUUAUUAUCGAUCCCUUUAUUUAUGCCGCUACGAAUCGUAAGUAUCGAGCUGCUUACCGCAGAUUAUUUGCCGAUAUGAAAUUUUGGGAUAAGCAAUAGACAUUUUCGUUUUGUUAUCCGAAGUAUAGUACGUAUAGUAUCAUUCAUUGAUCGAA